CGUGAAGUAAGAAUCGAGAGGUGGAAAAUCAGAGAUGAGUUUUAACAAGAAUCCUCUUAGGCCAUAUGGGCAACGCUCCAUCACCUCUACUCCUCUCUUCCGCGCUUCCAAUCGGUCGAACGGUUGUGAGCAAAAUGCGGGAAUCAAAGCUCCGACACCAAAGGCUUCGCGCAUCUCGCUCUCCGAUUUCCUCAACAGGAAGCUGCACCGGAGUUCUGUGCUACCCACAUCAAUUGAGGGGACAGAGAUACCAUCUUCAUCUCCGUCAAGGGAUGUAAAAGGAGAAAGAGAGAAAAGUGAAGGAAGAGAAGGAAAGGGGAAGUCUCCAAUUAAGGGUGCGCUUGAUAUCAACAUGUUAAAGAACAUUAAGAGCGAGAGCAGUAGUGCGUUCAGAAAUACUUGCUCAACCAAUGGAAUAGAGAUCAUCGACGUUGAUGAUAUAGAGCCAACGAGAAAGAGAAAAUGUCUGUUUGAAGAUCAUGUUAAUAAGCAAACUGGUCGAAAGCGGGUGGUAGUCCUUGGAGAUGAUUCAAAACCACGAAAAAGUUCACCAAGGAAGGUUUUCACCAGUGGGGAAAGCAAACCUUAUUUUAAUCACUAUGAUAAUGGGGGUGGUUGGUGGGACGAGAAUAUGGCAGGCGUUGACAACGAAGAAGUCGGCUGCAAUGAUGUUUGGGAAGGAGUAGGCUGCACCACACUCGGGGGCAUUGAAUGGAAUUAGCAGCUGACGGUAAGACUCCUCGCUUUUGCACCUCGACUUUCUGUAUGAGUAGUACUAGUUGUUGUAUUAGUAGCAGUAGCAGUUAUAGCAUAUUUUAGACAUGUUUUGAGAAACUAUGCUCUUAAACUGAGUUGCAGAUUUUGUAUGGAAAUGGUUUACUCUGGUU